CUUCUGUUCCCAUUCUCUUCAUCUUCAAGGCGUGUCAUUUCCAUUUUUCUUUUCUUAAUUUUCUCUCCCCUUCCCUUUUUGGAAUUUUUAUUUUUCCCUUCUUCGUUUUUAGUCGAGCAAGGCGUGCCAUUUUGGUUCUCAUUAGCUAUUUCUCUCUCUAUCUCUUCUUCUUCUUCUUCUUCUUGUUUUGAGCAUAGAAACCAUGCAUAGGUGGGAGAAAGCCAUGAGAGAUGAUAGAUACAAGCACGAGGGCAAGAACCCAUCUUUCUCUUCCAGUCUUCUUGAUGAAAUCUACCGUUCCACUUGUGAAGGUGACACAAAUCAUGAAGAUUUGAAAUUUUACGGUGAAACAAUAAUGCCCAAGAAGCACAGCAAAGUUUCUAGUAUCAAAAGCGGUAGAGCCAUUGAUGAGGAUAAAGAGGUGGAAGCUCUUCGCAGAGCUUGUUUGAUCGAGAAAUGGAUGGAUCACAAGGUGAGCCAAAAGGUCAGCAGGCAACAUAGCAGAAAAAACUUGACGGAAUUCGAGAGAAAAUCACAGCUUGAACAUGAUAUAGACCAGGAUGUUCUGUUCUUCAGCUCCACUUCAAGCUCCUCAGAUUCUAGUUCCGGUUUAUUCUCAUCGUCCGACACCGAAUCCUUCUACGGUGCAAGAUCAAGGGUCUCUUCAUCCGCCGCACCGAGGCCUAAGCCGGUGAGGACUAGCGUCUCUGCUCUAUCAGAAAAAAUAGAGAAAACAGAGAAAAAAGGAAGGUCUCUGUUUUAUGAACAGAGAGAAUUGCAUAUGUUUGGUGAUUAUCACUACAGUUCCGCUACGGAGCAAACUCCAAGAGUUGAAGAGAGCAUAAUCAAGUCAAAAUCAAGAGCCUUAAAGAUUUACAACAAUCUCAAGAAGGUGAAACAGCCAAUUUCACCAGGUGGUAAGCUUGCAAACUUCAUUAAUUCUCUAUUCACAACUGGGAACACAAAGAAAUCAAAGAAUUCAUCUUCCGUUAGCAACUGUGACGAAGACUGGAAAUCAAAGCCUGCACAGACAACAUCAACUUGCUCUUCUGCUUCAUCGUUUUCAAGAUCAUGCUUAAGCAAGAAUUCACCAUCCACAAGGGAAAAACUCCGAAAUGGGGUUAAAAGAUCAGUUCGAUUUUACCCUGUUAGUGUAAUUGUUGACGAAGAUUGUCGGCCGUGUGGACACAAAUCCUUGUACGAAGAAGAGGAAUCAUCCAGUCUCAUGUCUGUUUCUCUGCCAACUGCAUGGAAAAUUGGAAAAUCACCAUCAAGAAAAGUGGAUGAUGAGCUCAAAUACCAAGCAAAGGAGAAGAGUAAGAGAGUGGAAGAAGUUGCAAGAGAAUUCUUGAAAGAUUAUCAUCAAAAUCAAAAGAAAAAUGAUGAUCUCAUUAUGAGAAAGGCUGGCUGCAAAUACAAUGAUCAUUUCGAGGAUGAUGAAGAAGAAGACGACGAUGAUGAUCUGAGUUGUUCGAGUUCAGAUUUGUUUGAACUCGAUCAUCUUUCAGUAAUUGGAAAGGAUAGGUAUUGCCAGGAGCUUCCUGUGUAUGAAACUACUCAUGUUGAUACUAAUCGAGCCAUAGCUAAUGGCUUAAUAAUGUAGUUUUCUGGUAUAUGGUAUAGAGAAAAAAAAUUGUCAUAAAUCUUUUUUUUUUAAUUUCCCCAUUUUCAGUUUUGUUUUUCUAAUAUUAAGAUCCAUUUUUGAGCUUACUGGAAAACUCUUCAAGUAGUUUUUUUUUAUUUUUUUUAUUUAUGAGCAAAUGUACAUACUCCAUCAAGAAAUAUCCAUGAUCUUGAACGGUGAAGAAAUUUAUUUAUAAUUUAUUUUUUA